AAGGAAGGGCACCAGCCACACCUCCACUCUACACCGCAUCCCGCAUCCUGCACUCAACAACAACACCCACAUCCACCGAACCUCCUGAACCCCAGUCGCCACACUCUUCCAAGCAGCCUCACGUAGCCUCAUAUUCAUCCGCCACCUCCCACGUCGCCCAUCAUGGUCGUAUGUCUACUACUCUACUACUGCCUCGGCAAAGUCGCACAUUACGCCUUCGAUGCGGUAUUAAUAUCCGCCUUCCUCGCCGGCGUCCGCCGCUCAACUGGCCUUACUGUGAAGCCAGAUACGUUCGGCGAAAACCCCAGCGCCCAGAAAUGGUUCGAAAGCUACCUCUGGGUCGGCGAGACCGUCAUGGACCAAAGUGUCGCCUUCUUUGGUUCCAGUUCCUACUUUGAGCGCAAGCGAUAGAUGCGGGAUAUACCCAUCAGCGACAAAGUCACGGCGAAAUGUGAUCUGCGGAUGUGCGGAAGAUGAAACGCUACGCGAGGCGGGCGACUAGAAGCUCUGGCAGCUGGGGCUGGCUAGAUGAGUCGUGAUGUGUCGGGCACAGCUUGGCGAUACCUGGUUGGCAUGGAAGUUGGAUGAAGAGCACGGCGUCGAGU